UUCUUAGAUGCUUCCUCACUUCUUCACUUUCUUCUUCCCUUCACUCUCUCUCUUCUCUCUAACAUUGUUACUUUUUUGUGUGAUCUACAACAUUUGCUCUCCAACACCCAUAUCUUAUCUCUUUAUCCAAAGCCACCAACUUGGUUCAAGAUCUGUAAAGGUUCUGGCUUUUCACUGUCAAUCGUAGAAUCGAGCAUACCCAGUUGCCAAAGUUUCGAUCUUUGGCAUUGUGGGUUAAAGAUUUAGGAGUUUAGGGUUUGGUUUUGUGUUGUUAGAAGCAAUGGUGGAUUCUGGUGGUGGUGGAAGUUGGAGAGAUGCGUAUAAAGGGAUGUCGUCGGAUAAUGUAAAGGGUUUAGUGUUGGCUUUAUCUUCAAGCUUGUUCAUUGGUGCUAGCUUCAUUGUGAAGAAGAAAGGACUUAAGAAAGCUGGUGCUUCUGGUCUCAGGGCAGGGUCUGGAGGUUAUUCAUACUUGCUUGAGCCUCUCUGGUGGAUAGGCAUGAUAACAAUGAUUGUGGGGGAAAUUGCAAACUUUGCUGCAUAUGCGUUUGCACCUGCCAUUCUAGUUACUCCUCUUGGUGCGCUUAGCAUUAUUAUCAGUGCUUCUCUUGCACAUAUCAUGUUACAUGAAAAGUUGCACACUUUCGGGAUCCUUGGUUGUGCUUUAUGUAUAGUUGGUUCAGUAACAAUUGUGCUACAUGCUCCACAAGAACGAGACAUUGAAUCCGUUUUAGAAGUAUGGAAUCUUGCAACAGAACCUGCUUUUCUCUUCUAUGCCGCGGGUGUGGUAGGAGCAGCCAUCUUACUUAUAGUUCAAUUCAUACCACUUUAUGGGCAGUCCCAUGUCAUGGUAUAUAUAGGUGUCUGCUCUCUCAUAGGAUCAUUAUCGGUUAUGAGUGUGAAAGCGCUCGGGAUAGCAUUGAAACUCACUUUUUCUGGAACAAAUCAAUUAGGAUACCCGCAAACAUGGGUUUUCACUGCGAUAGUUCUUAUGUGCGUAAUUACACAAAUGAACUAUCUAAACAAGGCGCUUGAUACUUUCAACACAGCAGUGGUUUCGCCCAUAUAUUAUGUUAUGUUCACUUCAUUGACGAUCUUGGCUAGUGUCAUCAUGUUUAAGGAUUGGGAUGGGCAGAAUGGAACACAGAUCAUGACAGAGUUGUGCGGGUUCGUCACGAUCCUAUCUGGAACGUUUCUUCUUCACACAACAACGGACAUGGUUGAUGGCGAGCCUAAAGGAAAUUUACCAUCAGAGAGUCAUCUGCUUCUGCGACUUCCAAAAAUUUCCGAAGACAGCAAAGGGUUUGUACAGGAUGGCAUCAUUCUCAGUCUAAGACGCCAAGAGUCAGCAAAGUCACCACGGCCUGCACGUCAGAUCAAGCAACAAGAAGAGGAUCUCGAAGCAGCUGUACCACUUCGGAGACAAGAAAGUUCAUCACGUGUAUAAGGUUUCUUUGCCUAUAUAUAUCCGUAUAUAUAAUCUAUACCUCAAGGGCUUCAGCGCCUUAGUAUCAUUGUCUGAAGAGACAUCAUUCUUAUAAUUAGCUGAGCCAUUUUUCCACACUAUCAUUUUGCUAUACUGAAAAGUUGGCGUCCUCGGAAAUGUGACUGUUUAUACGCGAUAUCCGACAAAACAAUGAACGUGUAAUAUUGUCUUGAGCAUCAUCCUCCAUUCUCACA